UUCAUAAAGCCGUUAAAGAAGAAGAAGCAGCAGCAGCAGGAGCAUAACAAGAAGAAGAAGACGGAGAAAAAGCAAACAUAACUCUCGAUGUGAUAUCGGUUGACCUACCUGAAGAAUGGAGAGUCCGGAGUUAAGUUUCACUCUGGCUUACUUCGUGUUCUCCCUCUGCUUCGUGUUCACGCCCAACGAGUUCCGCUCGGCCGGGCUGACCGUCCAGAACCUCUUCUCGUCCUGGCUGGGCAGCGAGGACGUGGGCUUCAUCCAGUACCACGUCCGGAGGACCAGCAUUACCCUGCUGGUCCACUCUGCACUGCCCUUAGGUUACUAUUUGGGGAUGUGCAUCGCUGCUCCAGAAAAAAACCUGGGAUCCAUUCACCAGGUGAGUGACAGCUGGAGAGCCUUCCUCCUGCUCUCCCUCUGCCUCCAGUUGACCAGCUGGACGCUCGUCAUCUACUGGUCCCGUCGUCGCUGGCACAACCAUCCAAUCAGCCGCGCCCUGCAGUCCCACAUACAGCCUCCUCACUCCAGCUGGGGCUCCGUGGCAACCAGCGUCAACGAUGAGUUCAGACGCAUCGACAAGUUUGCUACAGGGGCCCCUGGAGCCCGAGUGAUAGUGACUGACAGCUGGGUGUUAAAGGUGACCACCUACCAUGUCUACAUGGCCUUACAGACGGACUGUCAUGUGACCGUGACAGAGUCUCGACAGCACCAGCUGACUCCAGACUCCACCUCCCCGGCUCAGAUCCUCACCCUGACCGUGGGCAGCAUCAACCCGGCUGUUAGACCCUUUGAUAUCAGGCUAAUCUCUACAGAGUAUGCAGAGCUCAGGGAGAAGCUUCACGCUCCCAUCAGAAACGCUGCCAAUGUAGUGAUCCACCAAACCAUCACUGAACUCUUCUUGGAAACCUUUAGAGCUCAGGUGGAUCUCAAUCGCCCGUACACACUCCCCAGUGGACAGGAGGUGGAGCCCUGUAUCGGCUGUAUGCAGGCACCAGCAGGCACCAAGCUGCUCAGACUCUGCCACGCAGAAGGAGCUGAUACGGAGUCAGAGUGCCAGCAGUGUUUCUGCAGACCCAUGUGGUGUCUGUCCUGUCUGGGCCGAUGGUUCGCCAGCCGACAGGACCAGCAGAGACCUGAGACCUGGCUCUCCAGCCGAGUGCCCUGCCCCACCUGUAGAGCCAAGUUCUGCAUACUGGACAUAUGUGUGGUCAACUGACAACACCUGAAUACAGAUCCAAAGAGACACUUUGCUCUUUAAUAAUGUGGAGGUGUACAGUAGUGUACAGAACAUCACACUGAACUUGUACCUGCUUACUCCCUGCUAUCAAUAAGAAGUCAUUAUUUAGAGUUAGGACAUGACACUGGUAAACAUUUGCUUUAACCAUAACAUUGUGUAAAAUGGCCUGAUCAAUUUCACAUUUUGGGAGAUUUGAUUUUUUGGUUAUUACCUCCUGUCAGAUAGGACAUAUGACAUCAGUUACCCUGAUCCCAGAGCAGUCUGUGAGGAGACAUCCACAAUGUGUUUAACUUAGCAUAAAGAUUGAAUGCAGAACGUUCACAUUA